AAGGAAGCUCGCAUCUCGGUAGCCGCGUAAGGCUAAAGCGGGUCUAUCCGAACGCUAUCAAUGCACCUCCUCGGCUCCGAGCUUUAUGAAGACGCCAUCCCUCGUUCUUUUACGCACCCGAAGUCUUCCUGCAUGUUCAAAGCCUUUCUUCGAGAACUAUGGAUUUCGGCGGUAAACUGAUGAAAACAUGCGAUCCAUGCAAAACUCGCAAAGUUCGUUGUGGUGGUAUCGGACAUCCAGGUGCUACGAAGUGUCUCAACUGCGCUCGAAGAAACGAGGUCUGCAACUUCAGUCCUGUCCGCAUACGGAAGAGACGAUAUGCAUCAAGCUCGCAGCAAGAAUCCGUCGUAGGCUCCGCAAAGAAAGUGGACCCCGAACUUAGGGACGAAUCGGAGAUUCACCACGAUGAUCAUAGCUCGUUCGGAGGCAUGUCAAAGUAUGACGGACUCCAAGAGUUGUACGUAGACAGGCUUCUAUCUGCUCCCGAUCAAGACAAUGCGCUCAGUGCGCAGAGUCCGAGCCUGCAAGAUCUCGGUGUUUUCGGUAAGUUCGGGUCAUAAACCAGUUCUUGCUUCUUUGCUGUCAGCUUACCAAAAUUCAAACAGGGAGCGAGUACAGUCUGACGUUCUUCCCCGAGGCUCG